AUGGCAGGAUCCACCCUCCAUGACCCUGAAAGAGCAGUCAUUCUCUUACUACAGGCUCUGAGCAAUGAACAAAAUGGAUUUUUGGCAGCUCAUAGGUUUCUGCAAUGCUUUCCUGGACCUUUUCCCUGGAUAAGUAUAAUGGAAAAUUUGUGCAUGAAAGUGCCCACAGUGGAUGCAUCAACUGGAGAAAUGAUAAUAAAACCAAAACUUGCCCUGCUUCCCCUGCAAACACAAAGGAACUUAUUUAGGCUACUGGACCUUAUAUAUUCUCGCCUGCCUGCUCCAUCCAUCCAGCUUUGGUUGCAGACAAUUAGGGAAGAAAAUUACUUUUCAGAUGCCUGGUUACUCUAUAUGAGGCAACAUUUUUUGAAAGAUAGCAGCAUUCAGACUCCCCUCCAAAGUCCUGAGGUGGCACAAAGUCUGCAUAUUCUAUGCAAGCAGCUAAAGCAGACACCAAAUGGGCAUUUUAAGUUAGGCUGGUAUAAAAAUCGCUGUGUAUCCAUGGAAGAUGAGCAGACUAUGGAUUUUGAGAGCAGAGUACAGAUAGACAACAAAGAAAGUUACCCUGUGAAUGACUGCACAAAAGAACUGUUAAUGGAUUCUCAGCCAAUGAGCUCAUUGCAAGAAGCACAUACGGAAGCCCCAGAAGAGAUGCAAGUUUUACCUGCAUCAAUUGAGACUCAUGCGCCUAAGCUCAAGCAGUUCCUUUACCUUAACAUGGAGUCUGAGGCACUAGACAUUGAAUUUCUGGCCGAGAUGAACAACCUAUUCGAUUUGUGUAGCCCAUUACAGCUUGAAACUCUCUUUUCUACUGUGGGAAUUACACAACUCUCCCUAAAGUGCUUAUUUCAGCUCUGUGUUCACCUUGAUACAGUAUCACCGGACAUUAGUUAUGCCCAUGCCAAGUCUUUGGCCAAAAGCCUCUUCCUGGAUAGGGUGCUCUCACUCACGUCACCAGCAUCCCGUUCUCUCACUGCAGCACUUUCUAUGUUUUGCAACAAGUAUGCCCAUUCUGCCUGCAGCAGUCUUAUUGGCCCCAUAUUGGUUCAAGCAGAACCAGGCACCGUGUAUGCUGAUUUUCUUUGCCGAAUGGUUUCUGAAUGUAUUCAGCCACAUCAGCUGCAUCUCUGUUUUAGCCCAAUUUUUGAUACAUCAUGUACUGAAGUUGCUCUCACUAUCCUUCACUUGUUGAUUGAUAAAAAGGAUAAAUUCUGUCAGUCAGAGUUUGACCCAUUAUUAAACUAUUUAUGUGAAGCUGCUGAGAAGUUUUCCAAGUCGGUGACCUUUUCCAAAUUGUUAUUGGUCCUCCUGACUAGCAAACCUAACCUGAUUCAGUUGGCUCAUCUUGGACCUUUAACUAGUGCACUUAACUGUAACCAGACAUUCAUGAAGAAGUCCAUGCAAAAUGCUCUAAGAAAAGUAGCAGAACAAAAAUAA